AUGGCAGAUCUGGUAGCUCAAUUCCCUACUGGUAAUUUUGAGCCAGUAUAUGAUGAUCUUCUAUAUAAUGAGUUUGAGUCAGGCUCUUGUGCGGACAAGGAUAUGAUGUGGACAUUGUCAUUUGACGGGUCGUCGACCUUUACGGGAGGAGGCGCGGGGGUAGUGUUGACUCCCGAAGGAAGGGAAGCCCAAAAUCUUUCAUAUAAGCUCACUUUCGGAUGUUCCAAUAAUACGGCAGAAUAUGAAGCCUUAGAGCUUGGUCUUUUAGCAGCACGGGAGGCUAAGGUCAAGCGGUUACAUGUUCAAGGGGACUCAAACUUGGUGGUGAGACAGUUGGACGGUUCCUAUGCUAUCAAAGAGCCAGCUUUGGUGGCAUAUAGAACAUUUAUCCAAAAACUCAGUAAUUAUUUUGAUGAACUCCGUAUAACUCGUGCACCCCGGACAGCCAAUCGACAACAGAAUACAUUGGCUACAUUGGCGUCCAAAGUUAAGAUUGCGAGAGAAUCGGUGGAUAUUUGCAUUCAUAAGAAGAACAAGUCAUGCCUGUACGAUGCAGAAUUUGCUGGCCAAGAAAGUAAGGACGAUUGGCGAACUCCGUAUGAGUCAUAA